UUGCGGAGCUGAGCGAAAGGGGCGUAGCCUGUGCUAUGGCAGGCCGGCGCGGGUGGUUGUUGUCAGUCCCUGGCAGCGGGUUAUGGCGACGGCGGUAGUGAAUGAAUUCUCCGGGCGGGAGAGGGAAGAAAAAGGGCUUCGCCGCCUCCAGCUCCCCGACCCGGGCCGUCGGGGCCUCCCCUUCGCCCUCGUCCGCGGCCGGGCCAGCUCCAUCCGUCCAGCAUCACCAGCAGGCGGCGGUGGCUUCUCCUCACAAGCGGAACCUCUACUACUUCUCCUACCCGCUCUUCGCCGUCUUCGCGCUGCUCCGUUUCCUGGCCUUCCAGCUCGGGCUGCUCUUUGCCUGGCUCUGCGAGCGACUCUCCCGCGGCAGGGCGCUCAUGGCAGCCGCCAAAGGCACCAGCAAGGCCGGGCCCGCCGGGGAUGCUCCGGAGAAGGUGCGAGCCUGCCACAAGCGCGCCUUCGAGUGCAUCUCUACGGCGCUGCGCAUCGACGAAGAUGAGACGGCAGGACAAAAGGAACAAGCUGUUGAAUGGUACACAAAGGGGAUUGAAGAACUAGAGAAAGGAAUAGCUGUGCUAGUUACCGGUCAAGGAGAUCAUUAUGAACGAGCUCGCCGUCUCCAGUCUAAAAUGAUGACAAAUUUGGCAAUGGCCAAGGACCGCUUGCAGCUGUUAGAGAAGAUGCAGGCAGUUAAGCAAAUCCCCAAGCCGCAAAUGGAAGUCUAUAGUGACAGUACUAACCUGGUAUGCCGAAAUGGACAUCUCCAGUCAGAAAGUGGAGCUGUUCCAAAAAAGAAGGAUCCACUGACUCACACUAGUAACUCACUUCCUCGUUCAAAAUCUGUGGCAAAAACUGGAUCUAUAGGCCUCUCAGGGCACCAAAGGACACCUAGUUAUAGUGGAGUGUCUAAUUUUUCUGUACCUAGACAGGGAACAGUUCCUGCAACUUCAACUCAGAAGGCGACUCCAAAAAAUAAUAGAGCCAACAAGCCUUCUACUCCUACAACUGCUGUGCGAAAAAAGAAAGACGCAAAGAUUUUUAGAAAUGUGGAUAGUAAUCUUGCUAAUCUUAUUCUCAAUGAAAUUGUAGACAGUGGACCAUCUGUCAAAUUUGAUGAUAUUGCUGGGCAGGAGCUGGCUAAGCAGGCGCUGCAAGAAAUUGUUAUUCUUCCAUCACUUAGACCUGAAUUGUUUACAGGACUUAGGGCUCCUGCACGUGGAUUGCUGUUGUUUGGCCCACCAGGAAAUGGAAAGACAAUGCUGGCCAAAGCAGUGGCUGCAGAAUCAAAUUCAACCUUCUUUAACAUAAGUGCUGCAAGUCUAACGUCAAAAUACGUUGGUGAAGGGGAGAAAUUAGUGCGUGCUCUUUUUGCAGUAGCCAGAGAACUUCAGCCUUCUAUAAUUUUUAUAGAUGAAGUGGACAGCCUGUUAUGUGAAAGAAGAGAAGGUGAACAUGAUGCUAGUAGACGUUUAAAAACUGAAUUCUUAAUUGAGUUUGAUGGUGUACAGUCUUCAGGAGAAGACCGAAUACUUGUCAUGGGAGCAACUAACAGGCCCCAGGAGCUUGAUGAUGCUGUUCUCAGGCGAUUCAUCAAGCGAGUGUAUGUAUCUUUACCAAAUGAAGAGACGCGGCUGCUUUUACUAAAAAAUCUCUUGAGCAAGCAAGGAAAUCCGUUAACCCAAAAAGAGUUGGCACAGCUAGCUAGAAUGACAGAGGGAUACUCAGGGAGUGACUUAACAGCAUUAGCGAAAGAUGCAGCAUUGGGUCCUAUACGAGAACUAAAACCCGAGCAAGUGAAGAACAUGUCUGCUAGUGAGAUGAGGAACAUCAGAUUGUCAGACUUCACGGAGUCCUUGAAGAAAAUAAAGCGUAGUCUCAGCCCUCAGACCCUGGAAGCUUAUAUUCGCUGGAACAAAGACUUUGGAGACACUACAGUUUGAUCUGCACCUUUGUCAAAGGGGAGGGAGGAAUGUUGCCAGCAAGAGACAGUUGAUGCAAACUGCUGCUGGAAUGCAGCCAGAGUUUACAAGACUUUUCAGAUCUCUAAAUAUCUGCACUAAAAGAUGGGACUGAUUUAAGGAAAAAACGAAUAGAACUGUGUUGAAGUUCUCAUAAAUUUUAACAUCUGGAUACACCCAGGGCAUUGUAAGAUAGAGCACAAUAAGACAUGGGAAAGAGCUCUAGCAAUCGAAUGAUGAUAGGAAAAAUAAUUUGUAUAUUUUGUUGCUGACUGAAAUAUUCUACUAGCAUUAUCAGUUGGGGAAACUGAUUGUUUUUUAAUUUGCUCAUUGCAUUUAAUUCUGCUUUGUUUCUCUUAACUGCUAACUGUCAGAGUCUGAUUCUCAUUUUCUUUAUCUAUGUAUCAGUAAAGUGCCAAAUAAAAAUAUUCCCUACACAUCAGGAAGGGAUAGCAUUGGGAAUACCAUUGGUGUGAAAAGUCCACAAUGCAAAGCAGCUAGCCUGCUGCUCUUUGUUCUAAUGGAACUCUACAGUCAUUAGAACAGCUUAGAAAGCAAUCUUUCACAGAACAGUAAUGGCCGGUACAACCAAUUAAAACACCAAAUGGCUUAAAGUUAAUGGUCUUUGUCACUUGUUUCCUGCAGUAUUUUUCUAAUGCAUUUAUAAAGUUUCUAUGGUAGAAUCAUUGUUCUUAUAUUGUAGACUUGGAGACCAAGAAAAAAGAGUAAGUGGUAUUAGCUGUCAAAUGAACUGCAGUGUUUCUUUUUCGUGUUGGUUUUGUAUUUACUGUGAAUGAGAGCCAGACAAGUUCCUACUCUGAUGCAGGUGAUCAUAGCUGUGGUUACUUGUUUAAUUGCAUUUGACUUUUAUAUCUUCCAUGUGCUUUGGUUUGUAGGGACACAGCUGACUUUUUAAAAGUACAGUAAACAAACACUUUCUGUAAGUUUUUAUUAUAUGAAUGACAUGUAAAUCUAUUGCCUUUUAAUAUUAAAGGGACAGACAUAUUUGUCCCUAUACAGUUGGAGUUUUGUUUACAAAAUGGAUAAUUUGUUAAUAUAUUCAAUUACUGUGGUAAAAGUGCUAUCAAGUAAAUAUAACAAGGUUUCCAGUUUUGCUCAUGUAGCAGUUAUGGGGAAGAUCGAAAAGGAGAAAAAUAUAUUCUGUUAGGAGAAUAAAUGUAUGCACUUCACCUCAUUUUUUGUAAUUUAUGCUUUCUAAUGCCAAGAUUUAAUUUGACCUUAUUUAUGUGAAAUGGGACAGCUAUAAUUCUUUGGAGAAUAUAUUGAUCUUUGAUCUAUUUACUGAUCUUGAACUGAUAAGUGUUUAGCACUUCGGUAGAGCCUUUUUAUCUACUGCUAGAUAUCAGUCAAGAGACAAUGUCAUAAGUGCAAAGCCAUGCUAGAGGUACAAAUGAAAAUUGAAAUAGUUCUAAAACCUAGAGUGACUGCUAGAAGCUAACAAGAUUUGUUAAGGAAUUGUGACUAGAUUUAAAAUACUGUGUUAUAAUGGCUCUUGAUUAGAAAAAGCAAAUGCCUUAAUGCAGGAGUGAGCAACUUGUGGCUCUCCCGAUGUUUUGGCCCACAACUCGUAUCAGCCAUCAUCAUUGGCUGUGUUGGCUAGGGAUGACGGGAGUUGUAGGCCAAAACGUUGGGAGGGCCACAAGUUGCCCACUGCUGUCUUAAGUGCUGAAGCAUCAUGGUAAAUGAAUUGUGAUCCACCUGUUUCAGAAGUUUGAAAAAAGUUGCUAUUCUCAUUGAAUGCCUUUAAUAUUCCCCUCUAGAUUUUUUUUAAAAAAUAAUCUAAUUCUGUUUGCAUUGAAAGUUGAAUGUGUAUGGCAUUGUUUCCACCUUGGGCUAAAAUGUGUAGUGCAUAUUAAUUAUGGACUGUUGAUCAUAUCGGAUACAUAACAAGUCAUAAUUUAAAACUUCCU